AUGUUAGGUCACGUUGUACUCACAUUUGUUUGUUUACAAAAUUUCACGCAAACUUUUUCGGACAGCAUUCUGAUCAUGUAUCAUGGGCUAUGUAACUAAAAGCGACGCUGAAGAGCGAGAAAACGAUGGCUGAACAACCUUUCAGCGUUAAAAAAGUUCACGACAGUGUGUACAGGUGUCGGGAGAAGUUCUUCGAGUCGAUGAAUCAAGCCAACAUUUGGCUGGUUCAGGGCUCGACCGCUGAUUUAGUGAUCGACACGGGAAUCGGUCUAUGGGAUCUGCCAGGCUUUCUCAAACAACAAGGCCUGAUCGGAGACAAACUUGUAACAGCAGUCGCCACUCACAUCCAUUUUGACCAUUCUGGAGGAUUGCAUCAGUUUGAGAACUUUGCCAUUCACAGCCUUGAGGCGAACGCUAUUCGCCAAGGAGACAAUUACGAAACUGUCACGAUUUUCAUCAGUAAAUCAGAGAUCUCCGUGCCCCCUUACGACGGAUGGAGCAUUUACGACUACAAAGUGAAAUCAGCCGAGCCUAGUAAACUCUUAGAGGAAGGCGAUGUAUUUGAUCUUGGAGACCGAAAAUUGCGCGUGCUACAUUUUCCGGGCCACUCUCGUGGAAGUGUUGGAUUGAUCGAUGAACGAGCGAGGAUUUUAUUCACCGGUGAUACCAUGUACGGAGGCCCUCUCCUCGACUGGUUACCUUACAGCGAUAUCCCCUCGUAUGUACAGACCUGCAGAAGGCUUCAAGAUCUUUCCAGCCAAGUGGAUUACGUCUUCCCGGGUCACUAUGCCUCUUUUGACGGGAACAGACUCUGGGCAUUAGCAUCAGACUACAUCUCCGGAAUGGGACCUUGCUAUAAGAUUGCCUCCAUUUUCAAGAAAGCAUUUUCUAUUAUGGUGUUUAAAGCAAAGCACUCUGGUAAUAUUCCUGCUAAGUGCUGUUAUAACGCCUGUUGCUGCUGUUGCUGCUUCGUAUAAAUUACACAAACCUUGCUGGCAGAACAGAUCUAGUGUUUGUAAAUUAUAUUUCUGGUCAGCAUGAUUCAUAAUUAUAUAUCAGUUCUACUUCUUAUAAACUGGAAGAGUUUUCAUUGGCUAAUGGCCACCAUGGUAUAUUUCAUAAAUUUAUAAACAAUAGCCUCCAUUUGCUGCGAAAAUAUGCUCAGAUAUUUUUCCAGACAUCUGAGAAAUGGACAGUUUUCCGAGAGCAAAGCUCAAGUAAAACUGUGAGCUUCAAGGAGCAGAUGUCCAGGGACAAAUAUCUAACAGGGGCGUAGCCAGCCAUUUUUGCCAUUUAAGCCCAAAUUGUAUAGCAUAAGUUGUAUAUCAAAUUUUGCUCACGUCCCCCACCCCCCCUCCCCCCCCAAAAAAACAGUCAACUAAUUUUUGUCUGCAAAACUAUUUCAAAGGCCUGCUUUGUUAAUAACCUUUCAGCAUUUUUUUAUGCAUAAGAUUGAAAGUCAUUAUUCUGUUUCUCAAAAUAGAACAUUGAUAUAGCAGUGAUUCGCUAUUGAAUAGUAAGAAGAAGAAAAUAUGGCCUUUUGGCUACUAAAAAAAAUAUUUACAGAAAUUCUGAAGCCGGUGCCUAGCUACGUCCCUUUCUGAGCGAAUGUUUGAAGUUAAUUAGAGGCUAUUAUGUUAAUUAUUUGCAACACACAAUAUCUGAAAAUCGGGGAGUUUCACUUGGAUAUUCCCCAGUUUUAGCAGGGGUAUACUCAGUUACUUGGACAAUAAGAGCAAUUAUACUAUGCUCUACAAAUAUGGUAUGCAAAUGCAAAAUAAUUUUCUAUAGUUUUGGUGUGUUUUUAGAUAUAACAUUUCACUCGCACUUGUUGGAAAUGAUGAUUAUAGGUGCCUCGUUGGCUGUCUAUCACAUACAACUGGUCUAAAAGCGUCAUGUGACCAAAUAUUCCCCAGUUGAAACUGGGGAAUGUCCAAGAAUAUUCCCCAAUUUUCAAAACUGCAUGCGUUGCGAAAAAUGUAUGAAGGAUAAUAAACACAAUAGCCUCCAUUUGACUUUGAAAAUAUGCUCGCAUAUUUGUCCUUGCACACUGUCUGUUCCUCGAAGCUCACAGUUUUCCUUGAGCUACGCUCUCGGAAAACUGUUCGCUUCUCAGAACAGAAAAUGUCCAUGGACAAAUAUCCAAGCAUAUUUUCGUGCCAAAUGGAGGCUAUUGUUUAUAUAUCCAACACAUGCUCAUGGAAUAAUAUUGCUUUAAAUAUACAUAAAUCAAAUAUAUCCCAUGCCUUAAAGAACACAGCCAAUCAGUUGUAUAUUGUGCAGUUUACACAGCUUUAAAAGUAAGUUCCCUAAUCCCCAAUACACACUACAGUCCAAAUUUUUUUCCUACCAAGAGCCUCGUCUGCAGCAAGCUGCUGGAUCUUACUGUGAUGGAGUACAUAGGGAGGCCCCACCUAGACUAUGAGCCCCCUCCCCACCCCUCUCUUUUUUUUAGCUUGUCAAGCGUGAUGCGAAAGAAUGAGGGGGAGAAAUAAUGGUGAUUUUGAAAGAACAAUAUCAUUGAAAGAAACUCCCCAUGGUGAGUCUCCCUAUGGGUUCCAGGGCUUUAAGUUGAAAACUUUAAAAAUGGAAUGAGCUGCCUCUCCAUAUUUUGUAUAAGUGGAUCUGUUGCAUUAAUGAUUCCAAAUGUUAUCAUCUUUUUCCUUAAAAGAAAAAUAAUACUAUUAACCCUUAGAUAGGCAUUUGAAGCUGUCAUACAGUCAAAUGCAGAACUCAAAAUUUAUUUAAUAUGGGUGAAAAUGUUUUGAUGGUGUCCAGGGUAAAAUUUUCAACCUUCUAACAAUAAUUAUGUAGGUUUUAAAGAGGUAAUCUGAUAUAUCAAACACUAUUUUGUACUUAAAGCUGUAAAAAUGUGAGUGAAAAUUAAAUAUGAAAACUCAGGUUAAAAAAAUAUUCUCAUUCUGCAGUCUGCAUAGACUGCAUUUUGGUGUAACCACUCCCACUCUCCCACCUUCCAUCACACCCCUCCCCCCUGCUCUCCUGUCCCCAUCUCCUCCAUUUUAUGCCUGCUACAAGGGCUAGCUACAGUAAUAAUGAUUUUACAGUGAAACCUGUAUCAAGCGGACCCCUUAUUAAGUGGACACCCUCUAUUAACUGGACACCAGCUUGAGUCCGAAUUAUUUUUCCCACAUUUACUGUCAAAUAAACCUGCGUUCAGCAGACAACUCCUUAAGCAGACUCAAACACCAAUAUUAAGCCAUUUUGUUGCCCAAAACCUGCAAUAAGCAGACACCCAAGGGCUUUUUAGUUCUAAAA